UACUGCAUGCAAGAGGAAGAUAAUGGGAGAGAGAAGGCAAAAAAAGAGACUGCAAGAGAAAGGCUGCUGAGUGACAAAUGAGAGAGAGCGAAAAAAAGAGACAGACUGUGAGGUUGAAAGAGGGCAAAAAGUUUUACAAAACAAAACGAAAAAAUCUAGGAGAUCCGGGACCUGUGAGACAGAUGCAGAAGUGGAGAGGGAGGAGAGUGCGGUGGUGAUUACGAGUGGGGCACAAUUUGUAAGGGGACAGUAAUGAUGAGUAGGGGCAGUUUUAGUGGAAGAGGUACGUUAAAAUAUAAAUUUGUAAAAGAAAAUUAAGAGGUCAGAGAGCACUACUAGUGGACAGUGCCGGGUGUGGAGAGACGGUUACUAUAGAGUCCAAUAAAAGACGAGAGCGUCAGGAGAUACUGUAGGUGGAGGUCAGAGUGUUGUUAGGUAAGAAAGUAGAGUAGGUGAUGGAAGUGGGUUUAGUGAAACAGGGACCUCUGUACUUGCAACACCAGCAGCGAUUUGGAAAGAAGUGGAAGAAAGUAUGGGGGGCUUUGUAUGAAACAAACCCCUCCGGUUUGGCACGGUUGGAGAUGUACGAGGGCGCUCAGCCCCCAGAAACUGGGCGUAAGCAGGAGUGCUGGAAACUGCUUCAGCUCAGCGAAUGUGUCAGUCUCUCGGAGCGCUCUGGGGAGAGCAGCCCAAAGGAUACCCGUGCUUUUAGCAUCGAGACAACACAGCGGGUCUACCUGAUUGCCAGCGACAUCACCGAGCAGCCAAACUGGGUGAGAGUGCUCUGCAGCUUGGCAUUUCCACAGGAACGGCGGUGCUUGGAGAGGACAGACAGUCAACCACUCAAUUCAUCUCUCCAGCUCCAGGAAAACUCCCUGUACAGUACAAGCCAGGAGGCGGCCACAACAAGUGGUCACUUUCUAGUGCGGGUGAGACAGACAAGUGCAUCAUCUCGCUGCGGUCUGUCCGGCAUGUACACACUUGUAGCUGAAGAGAACUGUCUCUCCCUGCGAGAUCGUCAGGCUGGUAGUCUGAUCUUCAGCUGGCCUUACCCAUACCUCAGGAGAUUUGGCAGAGACAAGACUAUGUUCUCCUUUGAGGCUGGCCGGCGCUGUGCUUCUGGAGAAGGCAACUUUGAAUUUGAGACAGCCCAUGGAUGUCAGAUUUUCCAGGCCAUUGAAUGUGCCAUCAAAGCCAGCCAAAAUGAUGCCUCGUCCCCAACUACAAAAGAACAACCUCAAGAGGAAGCGAUCACUGCACCACGGCAACCCAUCCGCUCUUCUUCGUUGCAUCCAUCUAAAUGUCCCCAGAGCAAUCCGGCUGCUAACAACACCGCCCUGGAGAGCGAAUAUGCUGUCCCUUUUGACAAAGUGGCAAAAAACCUGUUGGCUACAGGCUUUGGGGGUCUUCUUGGACCAGUUCCCACCCAAAGAAAAUCAAAAAGCCUUCGCAAACAUGAGCAUAUUUAUGACGAGCCAGAACUCCCUGUUAAUCCAGUGUACGAUGAGCCAGAAGGCAUCAGGGUUGAUGCUUGGAAGAGUCAAGGCACUGACGCCCAUGAUAUCGGCUAUGAAUAUCCGUAUUUACCGGGAUGGGAUGAUUAUGCAGUCCCCAGGGGAGGGGGAACAAAGCUUAAAGGAGGAAGAAAAGUGGAAGAUGAAGAUGAGUGGGGAAAUCAGAGCAGGGAAGAAAGUCAGUAUGACAAUAUAACAUUAAAGGCCGCACAGGAGAGCUGAAAAAUAUUAUAUACCAAAACCUACAACGAUCCUGCACAGUAAAAUAUCAGAUGUAUUCCUGGGAGCCCAUUUAUCAAAUACAGGGUAUAAUGGUCUUAAAAAAAAAAAGUAUAACAUUUUUUUUUCAGAAAGAUUCACUUUUUUUUUUAAAGUGCAUUGAUUAUGGGUAUAGUGACAUCACAAGACAAUCUAAGCACUGGAGUCGGAUUGGACAUUAGAAAGUAGAUCUGAACCAAUGAGUGGCAGGCGGUAGGGAAUGGCCCUGCAAAGUGUGUAUAACUGAAUCAACGUGUCAUCCAAUACUUACAUCCGAGAGGACUCAUCUGUUUGCUCUCCGCUGCCCAGUAUGGAUAUGGUAAAUAGUCUUCUGAAACUUUUAGGCUUGCACUAAAUUUUGUCAGCUGCUCGGGAGAAAGAAUGCACGUGGGUCCUGACAGUGACAUAGAGAAAACAGCUGAUUUACUUACUUCUGGAAAACAUUUUAUAAUGACGCUGUGCAAGGCUUUCUUUGUUAAGGGCUGCAUGUAUGGACUACUUGUGCAAUCUAGGUGCCAUAAGUUUUGAAGGUUGCCCCAUAGGACCCAACAGAGAGAAAUGACCUGGCAUAUCACUGGGUAAUGCUCCAGCUGAUGGCCUGAGUCCAUCCUGUGGUUAGCCAAUUGUUGAUUGUACACUGAUGGCAGGACGAUACAGGCCCAGGUAUAAUACACUGUGCUGCAGUCCAGUGCUACAUGCUCUACCUAUUUAUGCUAUUUAAUAUGUUAAUUUGCAGCAAACCGUCUCACCACUGCUAUCAGCAUCAAGUUAUAGGAAACUAUAUUGUUUUUCAUUACAAUUCAUGUCAUCAUUAAAGUAUCAUC